AUGGACCGGCAUCAGUGGGGACUAUGGUUCGGGGAGUGUCUUACCUCCUUAGGCGCGGACAUAGGUAUCCUCUCCGAAACUGGCCUCCACACAGAUUCCCACCACACCCUCGCGUGCAAAGGUCUUCUCGCCAGAGGAUACCAGGCCGUAAGCCACGGCCGACCGCCACAAAGCCACGGUUCAGGUGGGGUGCUCCUUGCCGUCCGUUCGGGCUACCCGGGCCAGUGGUCCGACAUCAGCCGGGACACCGACGGCAGAGGACUCGCUGCCACCCUCAUCACCUCCACUGGCCCUUCACUCCGCGUUCUGGCUGUCUAUGCUCCUGUCGGGGCCUGUAGCCCAGGUUUUUCCAACAGCCCGCUCUUCCAAGCUGAAGAAUCACUCAAUCAGUUCGUCCAGCAACAGAUACGCGUGUCCGCCGGUAAUGAUACCGCGCUCAUCGUGGGUGGUGACCUCAACUCCUUCACCUCCCGUGCCCUCGAUACUUGGGGCGGCGCGUAUGUCGACCGCCCAGCCUGUCUUGCAGCCCUCCUUCUCAGGCAGGGACUGGUAGACACGUUUCGGGCCCGUCAUCCUACUCUGCAGACCUUCACAUAUUACGCCCGCUCCGGAGCCGCUAGUCGCCUGGACGCUGUGUGGUGGCUGCCUUCCCCUAGCCACGAGGUCCUGGUACUCAACGCGGCCACCGUCUGGCAGUGGGAUCGUAGAGCUGACCACGACCCAGUAAUCACCGACCUUAGUGUAGAACUCCCUGACAUCCUUCCCACUGACGACCCUCCGCCACCGUGGCGACAAUACAUGCGCAGAUUGGACCGCGAUCUCCCAUCACGAGUCCACUCCAACAUUGCGCAACAUCAACCCGAACUGGCCCACCUGCACGACAGUCUCGCAGCAAUAGAGCACCAGUGGAAUUCUCUCCCACAACCACAAUGCGAGGGCCUGGAUGGCCUGUUUGGGGCCCCCUCCCUACAGGUGCCUUCCGACCUCCUAUGCACCAUGCAUGCAGCGCACGACACCCUAAUGCGUAUCCUCUCCUCUUGCUUGCCCCCGCCUGAGCCAGUGGCUAAGAGGUUGCAGGGUCGUACUGCCUCGGCUUGGCAUGCCUGCAUCCUGGAGCUGCGCCGGGUCAAGCGAGCCAUAUUGGACGAUGUGCAAGCAUCGGGGCGUCUGCGACCACACUGCCUAUCGUUGCUCGACCUGGCAGACAGCUGGGCAAAGGCAACAGGAAUGGAUUCCCAUCAUCGAACCCAGCAUGCCCGCCCUGCCUUGCCAAGCUGGGACACCUUCGAUUCUGACCCUGCCGCCUGGGCGCGCAGCCUGGGCUUCCCCCCUGAAAUCCUUGCGCAGAUGCCGGAAGCCUCUGGCGUCGGCGUCACCCCUCCGCCUGCCCGCUCGCAGGCGGAGCCACCGCGUAUCACCUGGGAUAUUCUCCUAUCUGGGGGCCGCUCCCCUGCGCAGUGUGUGGCCUCUAUCGAUAGCCUUAUCUCGACAGCCUCCGCUAAACACGCGCAGGUCUGCGCUAAACACCUCCGCAGCCUGCGUGAAGCCAGGCUUCAGCUACUCCGUGACGGUGAGGUCUCGGCAUGGGCGCGCAAAAUGCGCCCCGCCCCAACUGCAUCGUCCAAAUACUCCCCUGACUGGGUCACUACACCCGACAAGGGUUCCCUUAAUCUAGCGGUUCUAGUCCACGCUGCAACCCGCCCCGAUUCCGCUCACCUGGCCAAAGCCUUCCUCACACCUGGCCCAUGGAUCCUAUCCCCACUGCCACUGCACGCCGUGGUCCCGUUAUCCGACCAGCGCGUCAGGGCUGGGCCAUGGGUGCUCACUGUGGAACGGGGUUGCUGGUAUGCCACCCGCCCAGCCCCCUGCCCAGGCCCGCGCCUCAAGGUUAUUGCGCUGGGGGACACGCCGUUCAUGCACCUCACCAUGGACCACUUCAUGCAUAACUCCCACCCGGGCACCUUGAUCUUGCGCGUGCAAGAGAAGCCUGACUACACCUUGGUCCGACCUGUCUCGUCAGAAGAACAGCGGUUCCUUCUCGCAACAUUUCGCCCUUCUCGUCCGGGCCCGAGCGGCUGGAAAGUGUGCUACAUCGAGGCCUUCCCGCCUGAUGUCCAGCAGCUCUAUUGGCACUGCCUUGACAUGCUGCGUAUGCUUGGCACGGUGCCAUCAUCCCUGCAGCACGCAACCCAGCUUGCUGAGCUGAGGGACCCAUGGCACUCGGAUGCCCCUUUUAGUCGCUUCAACCGGGCCUACUCCAAAGGCGUCGCCGCAGCCCCGGAAGUCCUCUAUCUGGACUGCCUUGUUUGUGAAGAUGCACAGCGGUCUGGGCGUCCACUCCUGCGCGUGCCAGCUGAUUAUGAAAAAUUUUUCAACGUUCUCCAGCUGGCGGAGGUCGAUGCCCUGCAACAAGGCCGAGGCAUUCCCGAUUCCGUCCGUCGCCUGCAUCACGCCUUGUUCUCCAACAUGAACGUCCAGCUUAGCACCAGAUCCGGCCUGACGCCUCCUCUGCCUGUUGCACGUGGCGUGCCUCAAGGAGCUGUCUCCUCACCGGAAGUGUCUCGCGCUGCCCAAGACCCCCUGUUGCGCCUCCGGGCCGGUGAUGGUGCCGCCUACCUCACCAGCGCAGGUCGCCGGGUCGUGGCCGCGGGCUACGUAGACGACAUCGAACACUACGGCAGCGGCCUGGCAGAUCUCCCUGUCAUUCUGCGGAGCCUCGAAACCGGCAGCCAGGCUUCCGGUAUAGGGUUCGCCUGGUCCAAGUUCUCCGCCUAUGCUUCGGACUGGGACCAGCACCUCCCCCUCCUGCCUCCGAAUUCGGGGGUCUCUGCAGAAGGUGCUCAAGUCCGCAGCUGGGACAUCUGGCUCGGUGGCAUGCGCUCCUUCUUCUUACCCCGUUCUGCUGCAACGGACGUAGACAAACUGCUCGGCAAGCGCGGCACUCCCCUCGACCGCCACUCCCACGCACGAGAAGACCUCAUCAGCAAACUCUCCUCUGUCAGAUCCCGCCUAUCUAGCAAGUGCUGCGCCUGGGAUGAGGUAGCUGCAAUGACCCAGUGGGUGCUAGGCGGAGUGCUCGGCUACGCCCCUCUCUUGGGCAUCCCUCCCCCGGCGGACUUGCAUCGCGAAGACGCCGCUCUCCACAGACUCUUGCAUGCAGGACUUGGUGUGCGCAGCACCUCGGAGCGGGUGAGCCUGUCUGCUCCUCGCUCUGCCGGGGGCCUGGGCAUCCCGUUACUCUCCGAGAUGCUCGUAGCCGCCGUGGCUUCUGACCUGCUUCUGCUGCUCAACGGUACCUCCCAAGCAGCUGACCUGGCUCGUGAUAGUCUCCGUGCAGCUUUGGACUCCCCGCCAGCCGAGCUACCACAGCACCGCGGUCUGGUUGUCACAGCCCUGCACUUCCUUGCCGGCUACGGCUUGUACCUCAGCGUGUCGACCGACCGCUUCAUUAGCCGCCUACUGGACAACCUUAACCCUGCUCCCCCCCAGCCGCUACACGGCCCUUUCAACCCUAGCCGAUUUGAAUCUGCGGCGCGUUUUGCGCGAUGUGGCAUCUUCGCCAACUCUGUCAGAGCCGCCUGGAAACAACUGCUAGCCCAGUAUAUCCCGCCGUCUCGCUGGGGAGAGGCAGAGCUGUGGUCUAACCUCCUGCCCGAACACCUACCUCUCUCCAGUCAGGCCUGCGCCAGAGCUGCACGAGCGGCCCUGCAACAAGCGGAUUCUGACUGGCAGCAAGAAUGCCUCAUCUUUCACGUCCCUGCAGCCCCUGCGCCAGCAGAGGACUGGAGGGAUGUUGCCUGGGUAGACCCCUGGCUCCCUUCGGGGGACCCCCGUUCUGGCCACCUGCUCGCCCCCGUUUCCAACUUUACAGCUACCUCUGACUUUGCUCUGUUCGGAGACGGAGGCUUCUCCGCGGCGCUAGGCGCCACUUUCUGCAGCCAAGCGCGCGGUUUUGGCCAGACCGGUCGGUAUUGGGAGGACUCAUCGUGGGCUUCUCAACGCCUGCUAGGCCGCCUCCCCGCCAGGUAUGGAUGGGAGAAUUGCACCGUGCAUACGGCUGAACUCCACUCCUUAUUGUGUGCUCUCCGGUUUCGGGUACCGGGGCGUUGGCACCUCCUAGUUUUUGAUCGCAGCUCUCUUUUCCAAGUCAUGCACUCUGCCUUGCGGGGCACCUUGAACCAACUGCUCCACUCCUCGUGCUGCACGCUUGUGCUCCUUUUGCGCCGCGUGCUGAAACAACUUGAACAGGCUUGGGACGGGACCUGCCCCCUGCCUGCUUGGAAGCUGCAUCAACAACACUACCCGUCACACUGGCACACAUUCGCACCGAUUGGCGACAAACUCAAGUGCCACUCCCGCAUAGCCUUCGAGGCCAUCGGGCUGGUAGGCCUCGAUAUUAAAAGUCAUCAAGCAGGCUCCCCUAUCCCCUUUCCCAACCUUGUCCAGGGCAACGUCGUCCAAGACCAAGGCUGUGAUGCAGCCCGCCUGUCCACGUCCCCUGUCGACGUCCGUUUGCCUUCAGGCGGGCCGUUUGCCUGGUUCUCUGAUCAAGGCUAUAUGGUCACCAGCCCCAUACGAGAGCACGUCCGGCACAAACUGCGCAGUUCUUGCCUCCACGACUGGUGCUCUCGUCCUGUGCAAGGCCUCCUGCCACGGUUGGCUCACGAGGUUCAUCAGCCCACACUGGACCCCGCCCUUUACUCGCAGUGCCAUUUUUCCGGCCGCUGGGAGCGAUGGAUGCUCCCUUCUGACCGCCUGCCGCUGGACCUAUCUGCCACGGCCUACCGAUGCCACCGUGCCAUCGGCGGCAGUUGGACAGAGCGCCUCCACGCUCAUGCAGAUGUGGCCGCCCUUGCGGACACGUGGGCGACGCAAGCGGGCCUGCCCUCCCCGCGCACGUGUCCACUCUGCCAAGCUGGGCCUGGCACGCCUCGCCACGUCGUCAUGUCGUGCAAGGCCCUAGCCCCGGUCGCAGACAUGCUACGCGACGACAUAGAGGCUGAACUUCAAACCCUCGCCACCGCCGAGUCACUCCGCCAAGCAGCCCAGGCCUGGCAACAUCAGGCUCGCGCUGACGCCCUCCCGGCUCAAUGCGCGGAACGAGACACUCUGCGCUGGCCCAUCCUGUCCGCAUGGCGGUGGCUUGUGAUUCUCCCCGGGCGGGAGCCCCUCCUUUCUGUUGAUGUAGAUGGUAGCAGUGCGUCAGGCACUGGCCGCGAACGCGGCACAGAUCUGGCUUAUCGGGCGGUGCUGCCCAUCAAACUCGGUAAGGCGCUGUGCACAGAUGCCAGCAUGGAGCAGACGAAGGCGCUGGAGCUUUUUGCCACCCUUCGCCAGCCCCUGGCCCUUCAGCAAGAACUACGCUCACUCUCCAAAGCACGGGCCCCACAUGCUCCGGCCAUCCACCUUACAAAGUGCCUUCUCCUUGGCAUCAGGCGUUUACGACAGGCCUACCAAGCACGCUUGGAUGCUUGGAUACGAAUCUGCCGCAUCGCUAUCCCUCCGGCCUUGGGGGACGAUGCUCCAGCUGCUCUGCACCCGCCUCGGCAGGAUGCGGCAUCCUCACUCCGCACUUGGUUGGCCACCCCGCCCGGGCAGUCGCUGCUCACUGAGCUCCGUUGGGCCCUCCUGCGCCCGCCUGCUGCCUUGGCCAGACUCCGAGCUAUGGGUCCGUGCGGCCGACUAGCUGAUUCUGCCUUGCUGGCAGCGCUGGCUCAGCACGGGGCUGCAGUCUUCCAAGACGAUGCUCCUGCCUGGGGCGACCCUAGGGCUCACAAUUGCCCACAUGGCAUGACGCCGUCGCUGGCCUGGCCCAAACGUGCGUCUGCCCGCAGGCCAACAUCCAACGCUUAUUUUGUUGCUGGACUUGUGGCGGGGCUGCCUGGCCGCCUUCCGGCCGGAACCCCUCACCAUGCCCUUUUUGCAAAGCUUGCGUUGGUGUUCCUUGUGCCUCGUGCAACCGCAUUCUGCAUACUCGCACGCAGUGCCGUUGGAACUGCGGCGCUCACCCCGCUUAUUUCCGGCCUGACGCGGCCCCCCUCUGCCCGGACUGCUGGCUCAUGUGGGCCCGCGACUUGCAAGCUUGCCCUUUGCGUCGUCGUCCCCCGCCCCUUGCGGGCGAUCUCCUGCAGCACCUCCAGCAUGUUGCCGACUGCUGCCAAGCCGGAGCUGGCUCCCAGGCAGCUCUCCCAUCCGUGCUGCGGCUUAAGCAUGUUCGGCGGUGGCUGCUGGCACGCAUCCGCCAAUGUAGUGGCGCGGAUCUCGGCAGCUUGCAACAAGACCUGGCCGCCCGCUGCCCGGCUGACACGCCGGAAGACACCUUGCAACGCUUGCUCCUCUUAG